AUGCGUGUCACGGCAAUCCUGCCCCAUACCGCGGUCGCUAUGGCCGGAACGCACAUCAGAAUUCCAGCCUUCGCGCUUUUGCUCAUCAAGGUCUGCAUCGCGCUCUGCGUGCUCGCGCUGCUAGCGAAACUGCUGCUUUACGCCGCGCGCCUAGCUCGCCGCAAGACCAGCUUCUACUACGUGCCCUUCAGCCACGACCUGAAGAACGUCCUGGUCACCGACUGCACACACCCACACGCACGCACGCUGACCCACCAUAAAGGUCAGCGCAACCCAGCUCGCCUGCGCCCCUCCGAUACAAGCACCGGCCUCGUACUCAACGCACUCAAGGCCUCCCCCUGGAGCGCCGGCCAGGCCUACGAGUGGUGCCAGCUGGCGCAAGUCAGCACAAACCACUUUGACGUGGACAGCUUCCUCUCCGUCUGGUGUUACAUCAACCGGGGACUGGCACUGCAACAUGAAGCCAUACUUCGUCACAUGGCCCGUAUUGGGGACUUCCGGGAGGCCUUUCUGUCGCCGUACCUGGUCGCCGUACAUGGUCCGGAAGACGGAAUUUACAACAUCAGGGACGCCUUCACCGCCCUAAAGCUGGUGUGUUGGAUCAACUGUCUGGAGCGGUCGCGGUUCUCGGCGCCGUACGAGGGGAAAGACUGCGAGGCCAAGUUCGCGUUCUUCCUGCCGCGGUUUGCGGCGGUUCUGAAGGACCCGGAGGCAGAGUGGCAGCAGUGGCAGGAUGAGUACCGGGAGGUCGUGUCCGGGUUCGAUGUGCUGACCGGUGAGCCGCCCUCCGUCGAGCGCUACGGCUCCGUGGGCCUUGUGGUUCUGCGCGUCCCCGAACCCACCCUUCACUACUACAGCCUCUUCAGCCACACGGUUGGGUACGACACCGUCCUCACCGUGUACGACAACCAGCGGUACGAGCUGGAAUGCAAGUACACGCAAUUCGUCAGCUGCUACAGCCGACCUGUCUGGCCUCGAGUGGACCUGGGGCCCCUGGCGCGGUUGCUCAACAUGCUGGAGGGCGAGGCACUGGGGCCCCAGCUGAGGUGGAACAGUGCGAGGUUCACGGACACGGGUCCCGUACUACGGAUUGAAGAUACGGCAGCACCGUUGAGUAAGGCGCAGCUGUACGGACAACCGUACGCGCGUCGUCUGCAUUGCAGUACACUGCCGCCGGCGACCAUGGUGGCCGUCGUGAUGAGCUUCCUGGAGUACGGCAUGCAGGGUCUGAAACCCAAAAAGGGUGGCUGGACUUGGGACGAGUUGCAAUCCCUGAACAGCGGCAUCGCCUGGCGGGAGUGGGAGGACACCGUACGGCGGCAGUGGGACCGCGGGGAGCUGCAUCCAGAAGCGUACGUCGCCGCCGCCGCCGCCGCCAACAAUAAUAACAACAACAACAGCGGCGCUACCGGCCGCCAGCAGGGCUCCUCCUUCAGCGGCGGCGGCGCCGCCGCCGCUGCGGGGUCCCCGCCGCGUGUCGGCGUCGCCAUGACCCCGGGCGGCGGCGGCGGCGGCUUCUUCCUGGAGCCCUCCCUGUCGGAACGUUCCAGCGUCAUGUCGCAGGAGGAUCUGCGGGCUCUGGCGGGUGCCGUACCGCCACGUCUGGCGUCGGGCCGCUGGCAGCUGUUGUACAGCAGCGCGCGCGACGGGAUCAGCCUCCGUACACUGUACCGCAACGCCGCUGGUCGGGCGCCGACGCUGCUGCUGGUUCGGGAGGUGGGUGCGUGUGGUCACGUCUUCGGUGCCUUUGCGGCGGAGGCAUGGAAGCCGGGUCCGCGGUUCUACGGCACCGGAGAGACGUUCGUCUUCACACUGCAGCCACGACGGGUCAAAUUCCCUUGGCAACGACCGCGGCACGGAACGGGGGUCAGCGGCGGAGGCGCUGCCGUCGCCUCCGCCUCCGCCGCCAGUGUGGGAGGCGGAGGCGGAGGCGGACUGGACUAUUUCCAGUUCUCUACCCCUGAGGGGCUGGGUGUUGGCGGUUGCGGCUCCUUUGCUUUGUGGCUUGAUAAUGAGUUGCUGCAGGGCGCCAGCUACGCGUGCGAUACGUUUGGGAGCCCUCAGUUGAGUGCGCGCGAGGAGUUCCAUGUGUCGGUUGUGGAGCUGUGGCAGUUGUGAAAUGGGAGUAGGUGGAUUUGGAUGAAUCAAGUCUCCUUCGGAGUAACAUGAUUCAUGAUUAUUGGUGCAUGCGCGCAAAUGUAAGUACAUGU